AUGUCUAAACCAAACGUCCUUCUAAUAGGAACCGGUGGAGUUGGCACCAUUGUGGCCUAUGGUAUUGAUUAUGCUGGCAAGUCCAAUCUCUCUGUGGUAGUGAGAAGAGACUACCCGAAAGUCAAAGAUGAAGGCUGGGAGAUCAACUCGUGUAAUUACGGCACCAUCAAGGGCUGGAAACCCGCUGCCGUGUACGAGUCUGUGGCUGCAGCAGGUGACGCUGGAGUGACCUACGACUACGUUGUGAUAUCCACCAAAUCAUUACCUGACAUCGUGAAGCCUGAGGUUCUUGCAGAGCCUGUGAUCACUCCUGGAAAAACAGUGGUGGUUCUGGUGCAGAACGGUUUUGACCUGGGAAGACCAUUCAUUGAAAAGUACCCAGAGAACGUCUGUCUCUCUGGAGUUUCGCAUAUUGGAUCUCAUAACCACAAUGGUGUCAUUUCGCACAUUCAAACCGACAAGGCUGUCAUCAGUGUGUUUGAGAAUCCUAACCUCGAUAAGGACUUCCAAGUGGAAAAGGCAAAGGAGUUCAUUUCCCUCUACAGCAAUGGCAAAAACGAUGUGUCUUACUUUGAGGACACCAAAUGGUACAGAUACAGAAAAUUGGUGUACAAUGCUACUUUGAACACGGUGUGUGCUCUCACAGGCAUAGACACAGGGAGAUUGGAUCUUUCUGGCACUCUGGAGUCCGUGUCUAUUCCUGCUAUGAGAGAGGUCGUGAAGGUUGCCAAAGCUGACGGUGUCGAGCUUCCAGAGGACGUGAUCAACACUGUUGUCCACUCUGACGACGGCGACUGGUUUGAGCCGUCCAUGCUUGUUGACGUGAAGAAGGGCAAUCCUAUUGAGCUUGAGGUUAUUCUGGGCAACUUGUUAAGGGUGGCCAGAGAGCUCAAGGUCGACACGCCUGUGCUGUCUUUGUUGUACGAGCUUCUGAGGGCAGUCCAAUUUAGACUUAAGGAGGGACAGGGCCUUAUCACGGUUCCUGAAAAACGCCCAAUAUCUACGAGAUAUUAUAGCUAA